UUUUUUUUUGUCCUUUUUCUUUUCCCUUUUUAUUUUCACUUUAUAUAAUAAUGCCGUCUUUAUUUUCACCAGAGUUUUUAACUCAAGAACAAUUAGAAAACCUCAAACUAUAUAAAUAUGCUGCUAUUGAUCGAUCUUUUACAACAAAAUAUAUUUUACGACAUUAUUGGAAUGCUGCUAUAGAAUUAUUCCCAAUGUGGAUGGCACCCAACUUGAUUACUUUGAUUGGUUUAUUAUUCAUGAUUAUCAAUGUUAUAUUUGCUAUUAUAUUCAUUCCAGAUAUGGACGGUGAAGAACCAAGUUGGAUUUAUUUCAGUUUUGCUCUUGGUGUAUGGUUAUAUUCAACUUUUGACAACGUGGAUGGAAAACAAGCAAGACGUACAGGUACCAGUAGUCCAUUAGGGGAAUUAUUUGAUCAUGGGUGUGACGCUUUGAAUUGUUCUUUUGCUGCUGUGUUGCAAGCGGCCGGGAUCGGUUUGGGUCACUCAUAUGCUGCUGUGAUUUUAUAUUCUAUCGCUAUGCUUGGAUUUUACUUAUCAACUGCCGAAGAAUAUCAUACUGGUGUACUCUAUCUUGGUUACGUUAACGCUCCUACAGAAGGUGUUAUUCUUUCCUGUAUUCUUUUCAUCAUUAGUGGUUUAUAUGGUCCUUCUGUUUACAAUCUACCUGUUAGCUAUUAUCUUCCUCAACUCAAGACCUACCUUCCUUCUAUGAUGACAUCUUUAUCUGUAUCUCAUGCUCUGAUUGCUUUCAUUGCUUUCAUGGCUAUUUUCACUCAUUUACCUGUUUGUUUUUAUGCGAUGUAUAAAGCUUGUCGCAAAAACAAUAAACCAUUCGUUCGUACAAUGUUGAUUCAAAAUAUGCCAAUUGCUGUCUAUUCAAUCGCCUUUAUAUCUUGGGUGUCAUCACCUUACUCCACUAUCUUAUCUCAUCAUCAUUUUAUUCUAUAUGCCAUCACAACCGGUAUUGUUUUUGGUAGAAUCGCAUCCAAGAUCAUUCUCGCUCAUUUGACAAAAUCACGAUUCCCUAGAUUCACUGUCCUACUAGUCCCUCUUAUUAUCGGCGCAAUCAUUACCAAUCUUCCUCGGCUCAAUGCAAUUGAUCCCAUAUUUACCCCUGAAUCAGAAUAUUUGUUUAUUUGUGGAUACUUUGUCUUUGCUGUAUUGGCUUAUUUACGCUGGGCUGUAGUGGUCAUUAACAGUUUUUGUUCUUACCUUGGUAUCAACUGUCUCACCAUUCCCAAACGGAAAACUAUGUAGAAUAAUGAUUAUAUGUAUAUUUAUCCCUUAUUAUUACUAUUAUUAUUUUUAUUCUCAUUACUUAUGUCAUCAUAUUCUAGUUAUAGUCUUUGUG